AUGCAAAUUUGUCUUUCUAAAAAAACAAACCUGUGCUCAAAAAUAAGAGUAACUCAAGGUCUUGGUCUUAUGCCAGAUGGCUCAGUUCGGUUUAAAUGUCGAGGUCAAAAAAUACACCAUUUCAUGGGCUGUAGUACUUUUAGUGAGUACACAGUGUUACCUGAAAUAAGUGUAGCGAAGAUAGACAAAAACGCCCCACUAGAUAAAGUUGGUCUUUUGGGUUGUGGCAUAAGCACAGGGUAUGGAGCCGCUUUAAAUACUGCAAAUGUAGAAGAGGGUAGUGUAUGUGCUGUAUGGGGACUUGGGGCAGUUGGGUUAGCGACUAUAAUGGGAUGCAAGAAAGCUGGUGCUCGGCGAAUAAUUGGAAUAGACAUUAAUGAAGAUAAGUUUGCUUUAGCUCUGUCAUUCGGAGCUACAGAAUGUGUCAAUCCUGCGAAGAAUUCAAAACCAAUACAACAGGUUCUAAUUGAAAUGACUGAUGGAGGUUGUGACUACACUUUUGAAUGCAUAGGAAAAGUGGCAACUAUGCGUCAGGCUUUGGAGUCCUGUCAUAAGGGUUGGGGUGUUUCAGUUAUAAUCGGUGUAGCAGAAGCUGGCGCGGAGAUUUCAACUCGACCAUUUCAACUUGUAACAGGGCGUGUAUGGAAAGGUUCGGCCUUUGGAGGUUGGAAAUCUCGUGACUCAGUGCCUAGACUUGUCAAAGACUAUCUAUCGGGAGUGGUCAAAGUCGAUGAAUUCAUCACUCACCACUUCGAGUUAAAGGAUAUUAACAAAUCAUUUGAGUUGAUGCAUAGUAGUAACUGUAUCCGACCAAUGAUUCACUUAUACAAACCUCAGUAA